AUGACGCUCCCCGUCAAGAUGGCAGUCACGACCGCGACCGGACUUUUCCAAGGCACGGCGGCGGCAACCGUGGCCGAGAACGGACCAUUCACGGACGUGGUGGCGGCUGCCAUUCCCGUGACCGGGCCAUUUGCGUGCACGGUGGCGGCUGUUCGUGACCGGACCAUUGUUGAGGUUAGCUUAGUCAAAAGGCAAUGGUAA